CUAAACAUUAUUCCUUUUGGAUGCGCAACCUGGACCUUGAUCCCCCCUGACCUUGUAACCGGCAUUCUGGAUGGGUUAAGGUGCGUUUGGAUGGGCGAAGCUACUGGAAAGAACCCGCAGUUCGGGGCCCAAUUGUCUUUCAUCGUACAUUACUUUGUGCCGGAAGUGGAGAGUGAUAGGGGUGUAAACACUCUAGAUAGUGGUGUACUUAAAACCGUACAAGGAUUCAAAGCAGAAUUGGGCUGCGUUGUACGGAAAUUCGAAGGCGAUUUUGUGUCAGCCAUUCAAGUGUUCUCUGUACGCAGACUUCGAGGAGAAUUUUUCAAGCGCAUUGCAAACAGUGGACACUGUUCGAUCCAGAAAUAUUCUCUGUCAGGGAGACACAGGGCAAAUCCAGAUAUUAACGGGCAAGGCUUAGUAAAGAGCGCAUCAUUACCGACACUGUGUCAUUUAGAUAGAAAUAUACUUUGGUUCUAGAUUAGAUCCUCAUUUGCAUCAGAAAUUAGUGCACAUAGUUCUAUUUAUUUAUUUGUUCAUCUUUGUUCUUUUGUUGAAAGGGAUAGAUUUUAAUAGUUUGUUUAGAUCUACAGAUGUAUAUAUCACUCUUUAUAAUAUAACGCCAAAGUUGAAUAAUCGACGAAAAAUUGUACAGAAUUGAAUCUGUGUAUAUAUACGUGACAAAGAUCUGAAAAAAAGAAUACCUUUGGAAUAGUGCUUAUGGGUAGCCAGUUCCGGUGAUACUUUAAUGAUUCACGCAAUAGUUGGAUUAAAACCAAAGUUGGUUUGAAUUUCUGUAUUUUUUAUUGGGGAUUACAAUUUGCCAAUGUCAACAAACAUAAUGAAGACCAGACGACCAGAACCUGCGGAAAUCGACUAUAAAAAUAUGAGGUUCUUGAUAAUGGAUCGUCCAACAGAUGCCACUAUGGACAAAUUUAUAGAGGAUUGGCAGUUUGAUGACGGAAACCCGCCACCAAGUAAGAUUGUUGAUGAAUGGUUCAAUCUUCUCAAGACAAGGUUCAAAGAAGAACCAGGAUGUUGUGUAGCCGUCCACUGUGUAGCUGGACUCGGAAGAGCACCUGUGUUAGUGGCCCUAGCACUGAUUGAGUGUGGACUGAAGUACGAAGACGCAGUUGAACUCAUUCGACAGAAGAGACGAGGUGCUAUCAACGCCAAGCAGCUAUCUUUCCUCGAGCAUUACCGUCCCAAAUCACGCCUAAAGACCAAGGGCAACGGACACAAGCAGUGUGUUGUCAUGUGACUUCAUAACUCCCCUUUUCACCACAUACUUUCCAUAGCAACAGUGAUUCUUGGAAGUGAUUUACGGAAAUAAUAGACACAUCUUUACUCACACCAAAUGAUUGCCAUUAAAGUAGCAUUUAAAGGGUUAGCCUGAUAUAUAUAUAAAGAGUGUUUGUCACUCAAUAUUUUGAUAACAGACAAAAUUUUGAGGAAAUAUUUGGAAAAAAAAAUGCUUUAGAUUUGGACAAGUAUUAGCAGCACUGAAAAAUUUGUAACUGGACUAUAUUGAUUUUCAGCAUUUUAGGCCCGUUUUGUUGCAGAAAUUAAAAUUUGAAGUUUGAUUGGAAUGAAAAUUUAAUUUUUUGAACUCUGAAAUAAAUGUUGAUUUUCUUAGAAGAUCCUGACAGAAAAAGUUCCAGGUUUCUCCGCAUCCCUUACAGACUGAAGAUGUUACACACAAGUUAGACUAUUCUGCAGGAAUUUUUUCAUGCCACCCAGCUUACAUGAUAUUUUACAAUUUAGUAGUGUGAUACUUAUGAAAUUUUUGUAAAUCAUAUAAUUGACAGAUUUUUAAACUUGGUGAUUAUUGUAUACACACCAGCCUCGCCAGAUACUUCUUUUGUGUCACCAGCUUACAUUACAUUUUACAGUUUGUAGUGUGAUACCGAUGAAAUUUUUGUAAAUUAUAUAAUCGACAAAUUUUGUGGUUCACUGUUAAACACUGUAUACAUUGUUAAAACCUUAACAUUUAUAACUGGGUUAGAACUGGAAAUUUGUUUACAUUUAAUUUUGAUCAGUUUUGAACUCUUGUAGGCGGACCGUCAGUAUGGUUUCAUAAAUGUCAGAUUAAAGAGAUGCGUUUUGGAUUGUUUGUAAUGGGAGAAGAACAGUGUAACGGUGUAAACGCAAUAACCCUUUCAAGCAAAGAGAUUUCAUUUUUGAAUUUUGUUAAUUGAACUAAAACAAAAGUGCUAACCAUUCCAAAGUAAAUGUUGAAAGAUUAAUACACCUAUGUUGAGUAACUGUUACCUCAGAUAUACGAGAGUCAUUCAAUAUGUAAUGUGGCUGGCUUUAUAUUUUUUUAAGGAAUAUAUUGAAUAAAUCUAAAGCAGAAUACCACAGAAGUUCUUGAAUCUUAUUAUCUUGUCAGUGAUAUAUAUAUUUAUUUGUAAAAAUGGGGUUUGCCACCAUAUAUUGAAAAGAAUCUGACAUAAUAUUUUUGUUUAUUCCUACAGGGGUCUUAACCUUUACCCUGCUAAAUUUCUAAAAUGGACUGGUCUGUCAUUCAGUUUGAGCAAUACCACUUACUAUUCAAAGGGAUGUUCACUGAAAAUUUACUGAUUGAAUAGCGAACAGUGCAGAUGCAGGCUGAUCUUGGUCGCAAAGGCAGAAUCAUAUGCUGGCAGCAGGCUUAAGGUUAACAUGUCGCCCUGUCCGACAGAAUUUAAAGCAUUGAAUCAUAGAUUUAUCAAAGACUUCAAGAUCAUUGUAACAAAGGCUGCAUUAUAUAUUGAAUGACCUAUAUGUAUGUCUUACACUUGCAGACAUUAAGGAACUUUCGAGAUUUCAAAUGUUGCACAACUCAAACACUUACAUGUAUUAUGUUUUUUUUUUUUAUUAUAUAUUUUUGUAGAAUGAAAUUUUGUUUUUAAAUUAGGCUGUAUUAACUAAAUGUUUUGUUUCUUGGUGCAUUUUCUUUCACCAAUCAAAAAGAGGCCGGAUUGAGGGUGUAUGUGGUACUGAUACAAUAUGUUUUUUAAACAGAUUGAAGAAACAGUUGUCUUUCUUCAAUAAUAUGUAAUAAAAUGAUGUAAUACUAAAAUGUGAAGGGUCCAGUGGUUAGGGAUGCUGGCCUGUAAACUCUGGAUCCUCACAGCUUGGUUUUACAAAAUCUGAAAUUUUGCUUAGAAGUGCUUCUGGGGUUUCCUCUGUCACAAAGUCGGAAGAUUGUCAUAAAUUGUCAUUUAACAACCUCAGCGACUAUUUACAUUUUGAAUAAAUGUUCUUGGAAACAAAACAUUUUUUUAGCCUUAGAUUUUAUCAAUUGCUAUUAUUUCUUGCCCUCACAUGAUUUAUUUUGAGUAAAGGACAUUAUUUAAUGGUAUUGUUCGAUUUUUUUUUCUGUUCAUUUUGCCUGGUAUAUAAUGUAUUACUGAUAAUUUCACCAAUGCCUGCAUUAUUUUAUCUAUUGUGGACUACUUUAGACAAAUUACUUCAGAAAAGUUUGCUUUGGCAAAUUUGCUUUAGAAGAACUGCUUUGAAAAUACUUAUUACUGUUCUGAUACUUCAGUCAAAAAUCAUGAUGAAGAACAAACAUUUAGGCAAAAAUCUUUAAAUUUCAUUUUAAAAUUGUCAGAUUUCAAAGGCUGUUGAAAUAUAACUGUGGAUGAUGGAACACUUUUAUUGGAAUUUGUAUUUCAAUCAUUGAUAUGCAUUGAGUGAUAAUAGUCAGAUCUGCAGUUUUAAUUUAUUCCUCGUUUUGUAUCAACUACCGUAUAGCUUCUCUUAAGGACACUUGUAGAGCAAUCGCCUCUGUAUAAAGGUAGAACUAUUCUUUUUAGUAUAAGGUAUCAUUCUUUAUAAAUUAACCUCCAAAGCACCAUCUUACUUUGUCUGAACAGUGGUGUUUGUUGGAAGCAGAUUGCACUGUUUCUCAUUUUGUUGUUUUUUUGUAGCAAAGUUUAAGAAGCCAGUCGUUAUCUCUCUGAUCACUAAAAAUUCUUGAAAUGGAUUGCAUAUUCUAGUAAGGAUUUGUGGUGAUCUCAAUAACUGAAAAUACAUACUUGUAGUUUAGUUGCAAACCACUGAGAAAGCCAGUCAGAAAUAUUUUGGUUAAUCCAGUUUAAUGAGCGAAACACUGGUUUUCUUAAGGAUUUUAAUGAAUUGACCUCUAUCUUCAGUGCAUGUGGGGAAGUUAUGAUAAAACUGUUUAGAACUACACUGAAAUACAGUUUGCUCGAGCAUCAGUGGCUGGAGCAUCAUGACUAAGCCAAGCAAUUUGUAUGAUCCGGCUGUAUUACUUUGGGCUCAAAACUUUGGUAACAUGGGCAUUUUGCUUAUACCCUAUCAACCUCCAGUGAUUGGUGUUUUCCUGUAUUCCAAAUACCAUAUGCCUUCUUUAUCCUAUCAUCUGCUGAACACAUUGUCUGGUGUAAAUACUUUUAGUUUGACACAACAUAUUUUUGACAUAUGUGUAUAUUUUGGACGGUGUGUUUUCUUUCACAAGUUUGAUGUAAUUUCAGUAAAUUGUUCAAAAUUUUCUCCCCUGAGAGUAUGAUAUGUAAAGAGAAGGUAUUAUAUAUUUAUUAGUAAUGAAUUAUUAAGUGUUAUUGCUUAAUUUGUGAUUUCUCCUAUUUACAGUUUUCCAGAGUUAUAAAUGUACACCUUUUCUAAAACAUGUCUGCAUAGAUUAAAUUGUAUGUACCUUUUCAAAUUGAGAUAAAUGUCCAUUCUAGAUACUGACACUAUUGAGGAAUUUUACCUACAUUUUCUUUGAUCAGUUACACCCUUUUUGCAUUAUAUGUAUUUUUCUUUUUUCAUGGGGAAAAAACCACUGCAAAUACAAAAAGAAACUAAGAGCUGUUAUGAAACAUUAAAGAUUUUUUCCACAUGGUUACUGAACAAGUUUCAGUAGUGGGCUUGUCAUGAUCAUCGUCUUUUCGUGCAAUUUCGUAUUCUUGCAUGACACUACAGCAUUCUUUGUCCAUAAAUCAGACAUGAUUAUUACUGCACGGCUUUUUGAAAAAACUGGGAACCAGCAAAAUUGAGUACGAAAAUCUGUAGUCUAAAGAGAUACUACUGAUUGUGUUAGUGUGUGUCAUGGCAGGUCUAUUACUUAGUAAACAAUAAAAGUUCUGUACACCCCUGUAAUAUGAAAAACUGAUAUUGUUUUGAAAAUUGAUGUAGUUCUGAUUUAGCGUUCUUUUGUGUGAUAAAAAUGGAUUUUUUUCUCGAUAUAACAUUUCAGUACUUACAGAGAUCACAUAUUAUGCCGUUCAAUAAAUUGAUAUUGUAUGCAAUUUGUUUUGAAGUGUUUGGAUUAGUUUCUUUUGUGUAUCUUUCCAUAUCACAUAUAUUUAUUGUACCAUUUAUCCCUCCUGAUGAAAUACGUUUUAGAAACAAAUCACAGUUUUUUGGUUCUCAUUAGUAUAUGAAAUACAUUGUAUAGUACUUGAAACAUCAUAUAGCAAUGAAUAUCAUUCUAAACAUGAUACGUGUAUUGUAUUUAAGAGUUCUCUCACUCUUGUACAUUUUAUUUAUUGAUCCAGUAUUGCAUACUGCUCUGGAAUGUACUUAACCAGCCAUAAUUGGAAAUGUGAAUAUUCUAGCAGUGUACAGUAAUGCACAACAUCUUUUAAAAUGCUCACAACAAUAUGACUUGAUGUAAAUGAGUGAUUUGACCUUGGGGAAUGCUCCGCCUUUAGGGUCAGUAUUAAAAUGGGAAUCAGUUUCUGUAGUUCCAGCAAAGAACAGAAUUAUUAUUCCCUGAGAGAAGUGUAACUAACGGAUGUAAUCAAAAUUUAAACUCGCAUCAGCAUGAUUAGAAAGAAGUUUUUCUAAUGACAUGUCCAUACUGGAUGUUUCAGAAAAUUUUUAAAACAACCUUUUAUUGCAUCCCCUAGAAGCCAAAGCUACAAGCUGACAUAAACACUUGGAGUAUGGUCCUGUAUUCUAAGUCUAUCAGUUAUAUAUUUUAAAUAAUGUAUGAAUCCCUCAGAUAUAAAAGUAUAAAUUAUAAGGGUAUAUUUUGUUUAUUUCACCUCAUACAUCUAUCAUCACAAUGUUAUUGGUGCUUUUUCCCCAUCUUCUAAAUAUAGCUGUCAUGUGAUCCAGUAUAAUUGUAGUCAUGUGACCCAAUAUAAAAUCAUGUGACACAUUGUAAAGUCAUGUGACUUAGUAUAGCUGUAUUAACUGUGUGACCUAUGUACAGGUGUUAUCCUAAAGUAUACAACAUUUCAUUUCAUAUGAUAUGGUUGAAUUGAUCAGCCAUUUUCACAGGUUUGGUUAAUUUUAUAGCGGGGAAAAAACUACUUUAUCAUUUGUAAGCUGCUUUUUUUGCUUUGAGUAGCUUAUAAAGUUUUUUCAGAGAUGUUUUGUAUAUUGAAUGAAGCUCUAUGUCUGAUAUAAAUGAAAAAAGAAAUUCGAGGCCUUUGCCAGAGGGUUAUAAAAUUUAGUUUGGGAGACCAGUUUCUAAAAUUCUUUUUGAUUGGUGUGUUACUGAGCACAUGCUUGAAAUUGACCAAUGGGAAGGUUCCUUUCUAAGAGUAUGUUCCAGACUUACAACCAGAGCUUCUAAGCACACUUUGAUAAUUUAUAGUUUCUGCAAAUGUGGCAAAUAUUUACAUAAAAUAAAUGAAAUUAACUUAAGAAAAUUUAAGGUUUUCUGUUGGUAAGGCCAUAUUUGUAUUUAUAUAUAUCUGACUUAAUUAUGUUGAAUUUGGCAUUGAAUUACUCGACCAUUUUAUUUUAAUGACUAAUUAUUAUUUUGUGUGCCUGUCUUUUGUUUUUUUAAACAAAAUUACCAACAUGUUAAUAAAAUAUUACCAGAAAUAUUUCAAAUACCCAUAAAUUCAUUAAUGUUCUGUCCUAUACAUCUGAAUGAUCAUUUUCUUAGAGAUGUUUUCCUAAUGCAGGCCCCACAGACUACUCUAUGUUUUUUGUUGUUUUGAUGGGCCUUGGUGUUUUAUUUUUUUGUCUCUUUAGGGAGAAUAGAAAUGUGUGUAUAUAAUAUGACGAGGCAAUAAAGUUAUGAAUAUGUUCAGUUGAAA